AUGCGACCGCCUUCCUUCUCUGGUACUGAAGGACCCUUAACAGCGGAGGAGUUCCUGAAGGUCACUGAGACUAUUCUCACGGUGACCCGUAUUGCCCCUGCUGAAUGGGUGGACCUUAUGGAUAUUCAGCUCACUGAUACUGCUCAGAUAUGGUGGGUAGUUGUGAAGACUCAUCUAGAGAGGCCCAUCCUGUGGGAGACGUUCACCGAGCGCUUCAACAGGAAGUACUUUCCUCAGUCAGCUCGGGAUGAACUUCUAUGUAGGUUUGUUGAGCUUAAGCAGGGAGGCCGAUCAGUUGAUAAGUAUGAGGCCGAGUUCUCUUCCCUAAGUCGAUAUGCUCCCCAUCUGGUUACAGACCCUAUCAUUAGGAGGCAUCAGUUCCAGAAGGGUCUGGAUAAGUAA